AUGGCAAGGGAGUUGGAGGCACUCCCAGGACUUAGUUUUCACAUGUUUACCGUCAUAUCUCAGCACCUGGGACACAGAUCCCUAAAUUCUAAGAAUAAGCCUGUAUUGAGUGAGAAAGGGCACCUGUGCCUUCCUCAGACAGGUGGAAGGAGUGUCAAGGACAUGCGGUAUCCUAUAUCCGUGGUAACUACAGCUAAGAGAAAGAAAAAGGCGCUGUGCUUACCAGGUGCGCGCUCUGAGCCUUGCGCCCCCAGGCAGCCGCUCCUCGAGGGCUUCCUGCGCUCUCGUAGCGGCCUUGGCUGCAGCUGGAGCGCUAGUGUCGGCGAUGGAGGCAGCGGUGACAGCAGGCAGAACGGCUGCGGGGCCCGCGGCGGUGGCGCUCGCUCUCUCGCGCCAGCGCCGGGAGCACGUGCCGCGCUCGAGCAGACGCAGCUGGAAGCGCAGCGCAGGACUGGUUUAUACUCCCGCAGCGCGCGGCGGGGGUUGGCAGAACCGCCAAGGCAUAGACUCAGGGACUUGGACAAGCUACUGAACCUUGGAACCUUCUUUCCUUAUCUGGAAAUGGAAAAAUCAAAAAGUGAUGGUGUCUUGCUUUGUUGCCCACGCUGUUCUUGAACGCUUGACCUCAAGUGAUUCUCCUACUGCAGCCUCCCAAGAUGUUGAGAUUAUAGAUAUGAGGCACCACACCCUGCCUACCAUACAAUGUUAAAAUAACAACUCCAAUAUGUAAAAUCAUAUCCUAGAACCCAAAACUUGUGCUAUUUCCGGUUAUCUUAUGCUGCAUCCUAACUCUGUAAACACUCCUCCCCAUUGACUCUUAAACUGUGUAAAUUUUGCAUGUUGACAUGCUUAAUUCACAUAUACUAGAAUAAAAUAUUUUUGUUUUAAAAUCUCAAGUA